AUGGAGAAUGCCUCAAAUGAGGAUGAACUUAUAAGAAGCAUGUGCUUAAAUAUGUGGGGCAAGUUUGAUAAGUAUUGGGGACAAUAUAGAGAGGUGCUUGCAUUCGGGGCUAUCCUUGACCCAAUGAUUAAAUUUCAAGUGUUGGAGUAUUUUUAUAGCACGGUUGAGCACGAUCCGGCAAAAUGUGAAGAGGCUCUCUCACAUGUGAAGGCAAAGUUGUAUCAACUCUUUGAGCAUUAUGUGAAUGCUACCGGUCCCGGCUCUGGCUCCCGCUUCGGCUCCCAUUCUUCACAUACACAACCUUUUCUGCCUCCGUCUACAAUGCCUACUUUGCAAAGUGGAUCGGGAUCAAUCUUCAAGGGAAAAAGAAAGUUUAGUGAUAUUGUGGCAUUUGAGAGUCGAAAAGUUACUAGUGCCGGGAAAUCUCAAUUGGAUCUCUACUUAGAAGAGACAAAACUUGAUUUUUCAUUUAAUGAGGAUUUGGAUGUUUUAGAGUAUUGGAAAAGUUGUAAGAAUCGAUUCCCGACACUUGCAUUGAUGGCACGUGAUGUGUUUGCCAUUCCCAUUCAACCGUUGCCUCAGAUUCGGCAUUUUCUAUUGGUGCUCGUGUGCUAA